CCCGAGAAGUUCCCCGAGGCGGCACUCUGCUCUGUCGCGCUGUCCGACCAAGUCGACUGCCUGCUGGCGGCCGUCCGCGCCCCACACGCUGCUGGUGUCCGGAAAGUGGCGUGCGUGGCGCCCAAAUUGUACACUGAGAAAACCGUCCCCGAGUUGAUGGCUUCUUGGUACGGCAAUGAGACUGCCGCCACGAUUGACAUGUCCUACUACGCGGUGCCCGGCCACGAUGGCCGCAAAUGGAGGCAUGGCUCGGAGACCACCCGUUACUGCGUAGUGAAGCGCAGCAAAGAGCCCGGAAAAGGGAAGUGGAGCCUGCCGGGGGGCAGCGUGGAGCUCGGGGAGGAGACCCUUCUGGCCGCCGCGCGCGAGGCCAGAGAGGAGACCAGUCUUUCCAAGGAGGACCUCCGCUUUUAUCCGCACGCGGUAUGCACCACCGACGCCAUCUACAGGCGGGAGGACGGGGCCCGGGGGUUCCUCUUCCAUUACGUGAUCACGCACCAGGCAGCUUGGAUCACCACCGGCGCCAUGGACCGGGCGCGCGCAGGGGACGAUGCGGCGGAGCUGACGUUCAAGACGUUGGAGGAGCUCAAGGCUAUGUCCUUGGAAGGACUGCUGGUGGGGAAUGUCUGCGACGUGGUGAUGCGGGUGGAGCGCCUCGUGGCGAAAGGUGUCAUCAACAUCGAGUUCGACCUGGUCAGACUGGAGGCUUGACCCCAAGGUCACGAGCCUAGCGACACCCUUGCGUCCUCCCCGCCUUUGCAAGCCACGGACUUUGUUCGGCCUCCCAGCCCCCUUGGCGGACGAGAGAAGAGUCGAGAGAAAUUCGGGACCGGGAGUGUGUGGAGUUGCAGGUUGGAGGAGUUUGGCGUCAGCGGAUGAGGCCCGAUGUUGUCGAGGAGGGAAGGAGAUGCAAUAGGAGAUGAGAGGAAUGAAUAUUUCGUAAACUCUGGAGCAAAA